GACGCAGCCUGAUUCCUUCUAUCCUACUUCCUGACCUUGACCUGGGUACUGACUCGCAGCCAGUUCGAAUACGCUGCGGAGAGCUGGGAAGAAGAGCUUUGUAGAGCUACCAGCUCAAUGACAUUUUCAAGAACUCAACAAUUCGUCCAUAGGCGUUGGAAGCCAUCGCUAUUGGGUUGGAGGGACGCUACUAGGGGCUCCUGGCCUUACUACUAGGAGCAAGAAGCUACUAGGGGCUCUUGGCAUCGCUACUAGGAGCAAGGACGCUAUUAAGUUGGAGGCCGUUGCAGAACAUUCAGCAAUUCGUCCACGGUCGUCCUCUUUUGUCUCAGACCAGCCGUGGGAGGAACUCACAGCUCUCGCUGGGAAGUUUGUUACGGCUCAAGCUUUGUGUGUUCAUCUUGCCAGAGAUGGAGCAGCCAGUGACCAGUGAUGCUGAGAAGUUCUUGGCCCUGAAGUGGUUCCACCACAUUCUGAUGUACUUGCACUUGCAUUAUGACAUGGAGAUGCCCGAAAGGACUCCGCAAAAUGGCUUGAGAGCCACGGAGAUGGAGAAUGCAUGGCCGGACUUGCGUCGUUGCGACUGCCCUGAGUGCAGGCCAGCACCACACUACGAAGACAUCGAUGAUCUCAAUCUUCAGGAUUACCAGGUGAAGAAGGGACGGAAUCAGAAGUGGGAGACGAAUGCUCGGGAGAAGGCAAAAAGGACUCGACGCCUGAAUUUACGGGCGCCAGUCGAUGGCAGGGCCUUUGACCUGGAGCGUGGACGAAAGUUACCCGUACUGUUCUCCAAGCCGAAAUCGCGGAAGCAUGAGACGUCCUUCUUGAAGCAGGAUCUGAGAGAUCUCCACGACUUUCAAGGGCACGUGCGGACGACAUACCGUUCUGAUCCAACAGCACCUCCGGAGGAGGAUGACAUUUGGGUGGAGAUAAAGUACAAAAUCGUCAGCACCCCAUGUGAAGAAAGUGGCUUUGAUGACCACUACGAGGCUUGCAAGGGCCGCAAUCGCAAGUAUGAUACGGCAAGAAGGAACCAUCGCAGAUAUCGGCGCACACCAGUCGCUUUCCGUGC